AUGUGUAAGACCAUUACCCUUGAGGUUGAAGGUUCUGAUACCAUCGAGAAUGUCAAGACCAAGAUUCAAGACAAGGAAGGUAUCCCACCCGACCAACAACGUUUGAUUUUUGCUGGUAAGCAAUUGGAAGACGGACGUACCUUGUCCGACUACAAUAUCCAAAAGGAAUCCACCUUACAUUUAGUCUUGAGACUCCGUGGUGGUGGUGGUAAGAAGAAGAAGAAGAAGAACUACACCACCCCAAAGGUCCAAAAGCGUAAGCCAAAGAAGGUCAAGCUUGCUGUCUUGAAGUACUACAAGUUCGACGAAAACGGUAAGAUCCGUCGUAUUCUCCGUGAGUGCCCAUCCGAAGGUUGUGGUGCCGGUGUCUUCAUGGCCCAACACCAAAACCCAGCUCGUCAAUACUGCGGUCGUUGUCACACCACCUUGGUCAAGGUCGAGAAGAACUAA